AUGUUCAGCCCUGCCUUCCACGCGCUUUGCUGGGCUUUUUUCAACUUGUUGGGAUGUUCUGCUCUCCGAGCAGGGGAAAGGAUGGACUUGGCGAUCAGCACGGCCAACAACGUGAGCAAAGGAUCCUGCUCAACUUGCCCUGAUUUGGUGAAGUUCCACAAGCAUGUGCCGACCUUGGAAGGGUCUCCGGAUGGAGACGUGUUGCCAGACCCCAACGGCCACAUCGACACUGGCGACGCUGCUCUUGUCCGACUAUCUGUCGACGAGGUUCGAGAUCCAAGCAGUGGCAUCAUCAUCCAGCAGGCGACCCCAUCGGGCGUGCAAGCCCUCAUGUCUGCUUUGAGGGCAGCCUUUGGAGAAGCAGAUCAACUACAAGCCACCAGAGCGCUUGAGACCUUCUUUGAGUUCAAGCGUCAGCGGAUGACGCUUCCUGAGUGGAGCGUUCAGUGGCAGUUGAACCUAAAUGUACACGGAGACAUGCGGCGCUUUGAGGAAGUGCGCACAUUGAUGUUGCGCAUGGCCCACAGGAACAUCGACUCUGGCUCCAAUGCGGCCCACUACGAGGAGAUCACCACGGACGAUGCUUCGAGCUGGAGUGCGGUGACCGACAUGUGGUCCUCUGAUGCCGAUGGUUCCAACUACUACAUGGACGAGCUCUACACCUGGUACGAAGGUGAUGGCUGGUACAGCCAACCGCAACCUUGGGACUACGACUAUGCCGAGACCUACUACGAGGAGUGGCCUGGCUAUGACUAUGGAUACUAUGGAUGGAACGAUGAUGAAGCCCCUGCUGCAGAAGAUGGAGAAGCUCAACAAGAUGGCAAUGCAGAGGAGUUCAAGGACUACUACAAGGGCAAAGGCCGUACUCCCACCAUGGGACUGGGUUGCAGCACCUGUGGAUCAAAGUGGCACAACACUCAUGCGUGCCCCAUGAACGUCACCUACAAGGGCAAGACGCCGAUGAAGGGCAAAGGCAAGUCCAAAGGAUAUGGAAAAGGUAAAGGAAAAUCCUAUGGUGGCAAACCCUAUCGAGGAAAGUCCUAUGGAAAGAAAGGCUUCGGCAAAAGCAAGUCCUAUGGCAAAGGUGGCUAUGGCAACCGACAAGGACGCAAAGGCUUCUGGCUUGAAGACAUGCCCAAGAACUUCAAUGACUACUACGGUGGUGCCUACCUGCUGAGCAACAACAGCUCACCUGAGAAGGAGGAUGCCGACAAGCUGGACAAGGUCAUCAUUCGGGACACCUUCAACGAAGCGGAGCCGCUGCCAACAAGGCGUGUGCGGUUCAGUGAUGUACCAGAAGGUGAUCAAGCUGAUGGCACUACAACGAAGAAGCUGAACUUCCCGGUGACCGAGGACGUUGGUGAAAUGGUUUUCCAUCAAGUUCGAGGACGACGAGUUCGAGGACUUUUGGUGGACCCUGCGGCCAGUUCAGGCCUGAUUGGAAGCGAGGCACAUCGCGACCUGUUUGACUCUGGAAUGGUGCCCCCUGAGAAGGCCAGCGAGAUCACUUGGGGAGCAGCACAAACUACAGUCACUGGCAUCUCAGGUCAGUCAGACCAAACCAUUGCCAGGAUCUCCAUCCCCUUUGGCAUCGGCACUGAAGAUGCAGAGCACACAGCUGACAUCAUUGGUGGUGACGGCAGUAAGUGGUAUGACAAUGGAGAUGGAGUGAUGAUUUGCAGCCUGAAUGGACAUCGACCUGAUGACCCUGCUGCGAACCUUGUGGCAAUGAAGCUCCUGCUUGCCGAGUCUGGACACUACAUCCUUCCCGUCAACAAAGAAGACCAAGACAUGUCGCUCAACGAGCAGAAGGAGAUCCUUGCUUGGUGGAAAGGAAGAAGUUCCAAGCACACGGUAGCAUGUGAGCAGUCCGACUUGAAUGACAAUGCUGGCAACUACGACAUCAAGUCCAUCGACGUUGCCGACACUGAGAAUGUCCCUGACUCCAAUGCGGAGAACCCCAAGCUGCAGUUUGCAGCUGGCACUGAGUCCUUAAGCUUGGAAGAGGAGUACAACGAAGCUCCACAGCCCUACGGAGGCGAUCAAUUUCCUGCAUACCUGAAACCUAGCAAACUCCGAUACCUGAGCAAGCUCUACAAGGCGAUCCCUGAAGAGUUCUACACAAAGACUCAACGAGCACCUGUGACACCGAGAAAUGCAAGGUCAUGGGCAAAGAAAAGAAGAGGUGCCCACUUUCACUUGUGGGAGAUGUGUAGCGGCUCUGGCCGUUUGUCCUUCCUCGCACUUUGCGCAGGACUGUCGGUGAUGUUCCCGCUGGACUACAGAUAUGGCUGGGAUCUUGGAAGCCCUGCUCACAGGCGACUCAUCAAUGAGAUUGAAGAAACCUUCCAGCCUGACGUUGACUUCAUGAGUCCAAGCUGCAGGCCCUGGGGCAUCUUCUUCAGUUCGACGAGAUCUACAACAACUCAACAAGAACGAGAAGAAGAAAUGCCUGUGAUCAACUACCUCAAGAAGAAGGCCAAAUUGCAGUGCCAGAGAAAGAAGGGCUACAUAUGGGAACAGCCAUGGUCCUCAGCAAUAGCAAUGUGGGAACGACUUCAAGAAAACCCUGGCCAUGUAGAUCGCACAGAUCAAUGCCGUUUUGGCGCACAAGAUGAAGUUGGCAAUCCAAUUUUGAAACCAACUGGAUUGCAGAGCAACCUUGCUUUGAAGCACUGUGUCAAGCGGUGCGCUGGCCAUUUAGGUCAGAAACAUGGCUGGCUUCAAGGAGCAGUACAAGGUGUCAAUCGCACUACAGCUGCUGCAGUCUACCCUGAAUCAUUGGGGAAAGCCAUCGUGAAGGACAUCAAGCGCUUCAUCAGCAACAAGCCGACGGUCUACAACGACUACUAUAAGUGUGAGCGCUGUGCCCUUGGAAGAGCCGCCGCUGAUGAUCUUCGGCACUCCUUUGUGCCUGGUGGAUGCCGCCAGGGACGUUGGCCUGAAGGAGAAAAUCCCAGAGAGAGAAAGAAAGCCGAGAAGGAGCAGAAGGAGCAGGACGACCUGUUCGACCUCUUUCGCAAGGAGUCCAUGAAGAACGACAAGAUCCAAAAGGGCAAGCUGUCCAUUCACUCCGACAUCGCCUUCAACAACGAGCAAGCUUCAAUUUUCAAGAUGAUCAUGGUGAAGCUUUUGGAUGAGUCCAUCAAGGGCUACGAGGAGGCUGACAAGGAGAAGAAGGAUCUUCCUGAAGCUCAGUGGCUACAACGGCUACAAGAUCCUGUUGCUCUUGGAUGGCUGCGCAAGAUCUUUGUGGACUACAUGGAUGCGAAGGGAGCUCUCUCAUUCCUACAACCUUGGAGUCUUCCGACACCAUCUCCAUACUUCACUGCUGAGGAAGCUCCUUUGCGGCUGAUCAUCAAAGGCUCUGCGGAAAAAUGGUCCAUUGGAAAGAUUGAGGACUAUCGAGAAAUGAGCGCCAGUCACUGGCAUGAACCAAUCGACCUUGAAGAAGAUUGGCUGGUAGCUAUCUUUGGGAGUGAUCCUGAAUCCGCCAAAACAUCCAGCUCAUCUUCAUCAUUGGUCCCAGUUCAACCAGCACAAGACGAUGACGUCUACAUGAACGAGUAUGGCAUGCUCCAGUUGGUGAUGUUCACAACAUCCUUCAAAGAUGUGGACAGCCAUGGGAAGUUGUACAACUGGCAGCUGAAGCUGUGGCAUCUUGCGCUGUUUGCCGCAAGUACUCUCGAGCAGGGCGACGCCCCCAACAUCGAGGUGGCGACAUCCUGCCCUGGGCGAUACCUCAAAGAUCUCCUGGGAACUUUGAUGAACUGUUGGAUUCGCUACUUUGGUCCGAUGAAGGUUUUCGUCACUGACCAAGAAUCUGCACUUAUGACCAUCGAGGCUGGAGAGGAGUUCCAACGAGCUGGAAUCGAGGGAAGGCCUGCUGGCACAACGACAAAGAAGCAAGGUCAGAUGCACACCACGACCGGUUUGGUCGAGCGCCACAUUGACCUGGUGAAGAUGUCCAUGCUGAAGAUCCAGGCCGAAAGUGGACGCUAUGGCAUCGGGUUGGAGAUGGAAGAGUUGGCUGCAGAAGCAGCUAUGUCACAAAACUUGGCCAUGAGCGUUGGAGGGUACACCCCAUCCAUACUACUCUUUGGAGUUCUUCCACGUGGUUUCCUUGAACCUGAUGCUGAACAUCCACAUGGAGACAUCACUGCAGAAAGCAGCUUUGAACGAUCACUACGACUGAGGCAGAUCGCACUACAAGCUGCACAAGGAGCCAUACUGGAAUCCCGUAUUGCGCGGGCAAAUCGCUCAAGACCUCAUCGCCUUGCCUUGGAAGACAUGGUCCCUGGCACUACUUCCAUUGAGAUCUUCCGUGAAGAUGGCUCUGGACAAGGAUGGAGAGGACCAGCUGUUUUGCUGAAAGUUCAUGAAGCACACAUUCGACCACUACGAGAUUCCUUCCUCAUCUACCUCAACGAGAACAGCUCCUUGACAUCAACUGAUGUGGAGAAGGCAGCGAAGAGAAUGAAACAAGUGGUGGAAGAGUGCUCACCUUUUCGGCCGUUCGCCGUUGGUGAGAGCUUGACGGAAGACAAGGGGGAUUGGAAGAUGGUCAAGUUCCCCAAGAACGACAGCCCAUCUGGCGAUCAGAUGCUACGAGAUGCCAAAACUCUCAUGGAGUACCACUUCGAGCACUUCACACUACAUGGCAUCCGCUUUGGAAGAGGAAUGAAGACAAUCUCAACACCAAGAUUUUCCAAAGGCAUCUUGAUCACUUGGCCAUUUGGCACACUUGGAUUUUCAUUGACUGAAAACCCCAACUACUCUCACAUCCACAUCAAAGAAUACUUCAAACACAACUUUGAAGACCUUUGCCACAUUUACCUCUAUGGCUAUGUCAAGUACAACCAGGUGAACAAGACCAACUACUUGCUUCACUUGCACUGCAAGACUGAAGCCUACCUCAACAUUGACCUCAAAGAUGGCCAGAUCUUCAGAGUUGACUCUGAGCUGGAACAGUUUGUGAAUGAGAAGGUCUUUAAAAAAGUUGCUCUUGCAGAUCUACCAGAUGAAGUUGUGGUGGUGGACGAGUUGCCAACACGUUCAACCACAGCUACAAGACUUUCUCAACCUCUCAUCCUCAGUGUGGCAUCCACGCAUGACUUUGUCCUGGCCUCGCUGGACGUUUCUGGAGCUUUUCUGAAAGGGCUGACAUUUGAGAAGGUUCGCCAGAUACUGGCACAAAAGGGCUUGGCAUCACCGCCACGCCGAGUGGUGAUAGUACCACCUCCAAAUGUUUGGAGACAUUUGUCUUCUUUUGACCCUUCUUUCAACAUGCCUGAAGAGCUCUAUGGCGCUUUUGGUUUGGAAUGCCAACCACUGCUGGAUGAUUGCCUGUGGCACUACAAGAAUCCUGACGAAUCCAUCAAAGGUGUCAUCACGACCCAUGUGGACGACCUUGCCAUCACAUGCCAUCAGACCUUCCUGGACGAGCAGUUCAAGCUGAUGACCGUCACCAAGGCCACUGUGAAUGACUUCUUGCAAGCCAGUGCAGUGGUUCGCAAAGCCAAGCUCAAACAGUACGAGAACCUGGGCCUGAUCUUCAAGAAGUUCACAAAGGACGUUCCUUGGAAACUUUUGUGCAUCCAUGAUGCCUCUGCAGCAUCCAAUGGGCGCACAUACGCCCAAGAGGGAGUGCUGAUUUUGCUAGCACCCGACAACAUGAAGUUUGACCCGAAGGUUCACACCAUCAACGGCGAGAAUGUGGAGGAGCAGAUCUUUGGAGGAACAGCACACAUACGGUUCUCUCAUGGCUCAAAGGCCAAAAGGGUAUCAUACUCCACAAGUCACUCUGAGACUUUGGCUGCGGUCUCCGGUUUGGAGACUGCGACUUUGGUGAGCCUACGUUUAGCAGAACUCUUGAUGCCCGAGAAGAAGCCCAUACUUCAACAGCUGGCAGCGUUGCAGGAAUCUGGCAUUCCCUACUUGCCUGUGGACUCCUACACAGACUGCCGAGACUUUUGGUCGCUGACAGUGGGCUCUACAGCCUUACCUCAAAACAAAAGCCAGCGCAUCUACAUCCUUGCGAUCCGAGAAGCCAGAGUUCAAGGACGCAUCAGAUGGAUAAUACUCAUCCCAACGCAAUCAAUGACGAGCGAUCCAUUGACCAAGGUGAUGGUUUCGCGACCUCUACUUUCUUUGAUGAGCACUGGGCAGGUGGACUUUGCCAACGAGCUUGGCCACGCAAUUGAAGCUCCACGGCUUCCCAAGAUCAAAGACUUCACCGAAGAUGAUUUGGAGCUGGGAGAUGACAAGUGGCUUGAGUCCUACAUGACUGCCGAGGACCUCCAGGCCAUCCAGCUCUACACUACAUCACAAGGUACCUGGACGACAUCAACGGCAAGGCGCAAUGCAGCGCCGACGACUUUGGAGGAGGAACAAUUUCACAAGACCGGCAAUACGUACUGUCUGCCGACAGCCGUGGCGACUUGGAAAUACUUUUCCGAGCAGUUCGACAUGCUUCACCACAUCCUGAAGAACUUGCACGACAACGUCUACGUCUUCAAGAUCCACGACCUGGGACGACGCUUUAGAAGUGAUGCCUCAAGAUCACGAGAUGGAGAACGAGAAGGGCCAGAGAGCGAAGACUUCGAGGAGGAGUACGAUCACACAGAUGAUCCUUCUUUGGAUGACUUCAUCCACGACCAGACCGAAUACGAACGACGAACUCAACAAGCACAUGCUCGAGUGGCGAUUCAUUCCUAUGUGCAGCGAUACUUCAACGAUGGGCGAAUUCCUUCAGCAACAAUCGACCAGCUCUACAGCGAGCAUGGAGGCAUUUCUUGGGAGAUCUUUCCGCCCAUGCCGAUACCUGGUCUUGAUAUGGCCUUCAUGUGCAUCCCCAAUUCGCACAAGAAAUGGGGAUUCCACGCUUCAGACGAGGUGGAACACCUCCUUGAUGAUGAGGACUGUGGCCUGGAGUCUGGGGCAGAAGGGCUGACCAAAAAGGAGAAGAGAAACUGCAAGGGGCUCUACGCGAAGCAGAACAAGCGCGCCAGCUUUUUGGGCAUCCCCGUGGUCUUUCUCCAGCAGCUGGCGGUCUGCGGCCGCUGCACCGUUUGCGAGGCCUUUGCCAAGGUGAAAGAUCUCUGGAAGAAGCUGAAAUACGCUGCCCGGAAGGUGGUCAGUGGCCUGAUGAAGGCCAAAGAGUUUCUCUUUGGAUUCAGCUACGCGUCGCAAGAAGUUCGGGAUGGAAUGAAAGAACGCUUCGCCACGUACUUCCCGGUGACGAAAACGUCAGAAGAUCAUGGCACCAGCAUGCUGGAAACCGCACAGUCGAACUCUGACAGUGAUGAGGGGCAGGAGCAAAUCUUUCAUGAUGCGUUGAUGAAACACCUCCAGGGCAAGACACCUGAAAUGGUCCAACAGCAUUUGUCUAUGCUGGAAAAAUCUCUGGACCAGGCGGACCUUGAAGAAGAUGACCAGCUCGAUGCUGCGAAGAAGGCACUCCAUGGCCAUGCGGCCCAAGCAAGGCAGAAUUUGGAGGAGCAAUUGCCAACCCUGCUGAGUAACAAGGAAUGUCAGGAGCUGGUGCAGACUUCCCUUGCCAGUCAAGUUCUGACAAUCACACUCUAUGUGGAGUUGCCACGCGCUCUGAAUGCAGCUCUGCACUUGGUGAUGGGCAACAUUGCCGGCGCCUUGCAUUCCCUGCUGCCCAAGAUCUAUCUCCAGGCGUUACCUCAUGGAGGAGGACACGCCUCGGCCACGGCGAUGGACAAGUGCUUGCAGGCCUUGCAAGCGCAACGGAAGCCGUUGAUAGACACCUGCACUCACGAGCAUCCAUUGCUGUCUUGCACUGCGCGCACCUACCAGAGGCUCAUGGAAGGAGCAUUGUCCCAAAGGUGGUGGCCUUUGAGGCAUGAUGAAAAAGGCACCACCGUUGGCUCCAUCAAUUUGGGCUACAAAUAUGACUCAUUGAUGCAAUCCUUGCAAUGUGCCGCAAAGGACAGUUGCCUUGAGAUGUCCUUGGCGAACCUCGAACAGAAGGAGCUGACAGUAUCGGAGAUGGAAAAGGCGGACCAAAACCAACUUGCACGAUUGGAACAACUGCAAUGCGCCUUCGCCGGCAGCCGCAUUGACAAAGAGGACGGGGAGAAGGGACAGCUUCCUGUCUUCACCGACAAGAUUUGGGCGGCUGGAUUAAAGGCCCACGCCUGGUCUUCGGAACACAACACCAGAUACUCGGCCUCGUGCCCAUCCAUGGUGCCGUUCGUGGCGGCCUUUUGUGCUGAAGAUUUGAAGUGCAUGGACGCCGACAAAGCAGGGGAAGGCAUGUUGCAACCGCUGCAGUUCGAGAUGGUCGCCGCUCGCGCCCGCGAGGCAGUGCAGGAGCUCUCCGAUCUCUCCAUGAAUUCGGUGCAUGGAAAAGAAGAUCUUCAGAAGCUCGCCACCUUUUGGGACAAGAUGGCGAAAUCUGAAGUUUGGGAGCUCACCCCAGAAGAGGACAUCUACCAGUGGAAUCUGCUGUGGCGGGCAGCCAAUGCCAGCAGCAAGGCAGGCGUUCUCUCCACGUGGCCGACCAUCGUUGAUGCCUUGAUGGGGAAGAACAAAACAUAUGUCGACUGGGCCCAAACAACGAAGUAUUGGGAGAAAGUCUUGCAGGCAGCCUUCGUCAAAAUGCGUGUCCGAACUCUCGAAAGGAAAAAAAUCGGGGAGAAGGUGCCAGAUGGGGUUGGAGUUGACAAGAUCAUGACGAAUCUCAACUCCAUUUUUGACACCAAGUUCUGCUCGCCUGGUGCAUUGGGUGGGAUGCCCAAUGAAGACUUGCAACGCAUGGGCAUCAGUGAAGAGACCAAAGUGUUCGCGGCCACUUUCGCCCACGAAAAGAGCGCCGUGGUGAGGCAAUGGAAGAAAUGGAUGGCCUUUAACAUCAAGCUUGACCCGACGACAAAGAGGCAAGAGGUUGUCAAGUUCAAGCAAGCGCUUCGAAAGGCAAAAUGUGGUUGUAUGUGCUACGAUUCCUGCGGAAAGAAGGAAGCAUCCGCCUUCGUUCACUGCAGUGCUGGCUUGCUUGAAACAUCCAAAGAACUGCUGGGGAAGGCGAGUCUCGUUGUAAGUCUCUUUGCCAAAGAGGUGGUGGUUGACUGGGUUUAUGCAGUGGGGCGGAAAUUUAUGAACGCAAUGCUGAGAAUCUUUCGAGUACCCGGUCAUGGAGCUUGUGGUUACCGCUUUUCAAUGAAUGCUCAAGAGGUCAAACAUGGCGAGAAAGGACCACAGCCAGAGCGCAAGAGGGUCACACUGUCAGGAUUCGUCUCUGAGUGCGAAGUGCCAGAUUUCUUCGAGUUAAGUCCAGGUGAAGACUUGAGGGUCACAGCAUGGUCAGAGGAGGAGCAGAUGGGAGAACAUAUGGAUUGGGCCUUGCAGCUGAACGGAAAGUGGGAGGAUUAUGAGGAUUUCCUUUCCGACUCCGAGCCUUCCUUGGACGAAACAAAAACCGAGUUCGAAGAGUCCGAUGGACCGACCAAGUUCGAAGAUGGCAUUAGGGCAAACGAUGAGCUUGCCUUCUUGGACGAUCUUGACAUGGGUGAAUUGGAAGAUGGUCUUCUGAAUGACCUAGGAAGUGGUGACUCCCUUGACACCAUUGAUUCGCUUCAGGAAGGCUAG